CCCUCUCGCUCUCUCUCUCCAACACUUCUUUCCCUCCUGCUCCUGCUAUGUCUCUGUUGUAGCCAAAGUAGCUUGCUGGACCAAUCCACCGCAGUGCCUGGGACAGAUUGAGAGAAAAAAGAGAGUGAGGGAUUUAGAGAAAGGGUAAGGGGAAUAAGGGAAAACACAGAGAAGCGACAGAGAGAAGAGACACCAAAAAUCCACCAAGCCUCCCUGGUGUGAGGUUUCUUGGCUACUGACGUGUGCGCACGACUCUCGUGGCAGGAUGAGUUCGUGCAGUAGCCGUGCGUUGACCAUCCUGUCCACAGUGUUCGGAGCCUGCGGGCUGCUGCUGGUGGGGGUGGCUGUGUCCACUGACUACUGGCUGAUCAUGGUGGAGGGCAUCAUCCUGCAGCAGAACCAGAGCAUGGAGGUGAAGAUGGCGCUACAUUCAGGCCUCUGGAGAGUUUGCUUCGUGGCCGGAGCAGAGAACGGGAGAUGUGUUGCGUCUGAGUACUUCACUGAACCUGAUAUUGAGAUCACCACUGAAAACACUGCAAAUAUCCUCAAGAUGGUGCGGACGGCCACGCCCUUCCCGAUGGUGUCACUGCUCUUCGUUUUCACAGCCUUCGUCAUCAGUAACAUCGGACACAUCCGACCUCAGCGCACCAUCCUUGCCUUUGUUUCUGGCAUCUUCUUCAUCCUCUCAGGCCUCAGUCUGGUGGUGGGCUUGGUGCUCUACAUCUCCAGUAUUAAUGAUGAGGUGAUGAACCGGCCCAGGGAGCCCGAGCAGUUCUUCAACUACCACUAUGGCUGGUCCUUCGCCUUCGCUGCCUCCUCCUUCUUACUCAAAGAGGGGGCCGGGGUGAUGUCAGUCUAUCUGUUUAUGAAGCGCUACGCAGAGGAAGAGAUGUUCCGACCCCACCCUGCACUCUACCGCCCCCGCCUGUCUGAGGGCAGCGACUACAGCGGCCAGUUCCUCCACCCAGAAUCCUCCUGGCCUCCACCGAAGCGAGGCCGCAGCACCUCCAAUGCCUCCAGCGACAUCUCCAUUCAGCUCAACCAGGCACCUCCAGCGCCGCCCAAAAGCAGUCUCCACGGUCAGGGUGGCCCGCCUUCUGGGUCUUCUUCCGCAGGGAGCUACCAAAUGCCCCCACAGUCUGCUGGCUACCCCUCCACACACACCCUCAGCAGGUCACACUCCUCACAUCCCCAAGGCCAGGCUCUUCCCAUGACCAUGCCCCCAUCGCCUGUACCUCCCCCUCACUAUCACACACACAUGCACAUGAGUGCCUCCCCCUGUUAGGAAGAGGGAACAUUUGGGAGAGUUGGAGAGACAAACUCCUCAUAAUCACAUAUAAUGUACUAUUAGAUGUGGAUAAGAGUAAAUGCUGAGCUUGGAGCACAGAUCAUGUGAGAUGAAGUGGAGGGAGAGGUGGUCAAACAUAAUGAAAUGUAGCUUUGCAAAAAUAUGAACAAAGGACAAAGAAGUGUUGGAGAUUGAAAGGAAGGAUUGGACAGGAUUGUGGAGAUUUGACAGAAACUGUGAUGGACAGACAAAAAUUAAGACAGGAGAUGAGUGGAAAAGAAAAAGAUGAAUUUUGUAAUUUUGACAUGAUGGAAAGAGGCAACAAAAGGGUUCCUAGAAAGACUUUAGAGGUUAGGUUGAGUGACAGAGGAGAUAUAGGGGAGGGAGCGUGAGGCAGGGAGAGCAAGGGUCUGCGGUAAUAUAUGAAGAUGCUGCAGUACUGCAGAAAAUUUGUAUGCACUAGGAAAUGUAAUGCAAAACACUGAUCACAUAGACUGAGGAUGCACAUAGUUUUAUACGUACGUAAUUCAUAAAAAAUACAUGGACUACGUACUAUUAUACCGAAAGGUAAAUGUGGUAAAAUAUAUUAUUGUCUUCUCUGAAUUUCUUACAUCAUCAAUCCAAUUUCUUAAUGCACAAUGUCAAAGUAGUAAUAUUAACAUAAGCAUUAGUUUAACAUUAGAGUAACUCUUAAAUGGGAACACCCUAUGUGAAUGUUGUUAAUCUUUGUAAAAAAUUACAGACAGAAGUAGAUAAUGUAAGAAGGAGAAAUCUACUUUAUGUUUUACAUAAAUGUUUAAAAUACACAUUUUUAAACUUCUUGUACAUACAAUUGCACAUGAGGACUUCUAAUAUAUAACUGUUGUAAAUAAUGAAUGAAGCUUUGGCACACGUCACAUCAAGAAAAUGUCUGCCUCAUUCUGCUUUGGAUGAAGACUGCAACAGGCGCAGUACAACCAACAACACAUGGCAAGCGCAUGCUGGUUCGAAGGAGGAACCAUCCAACACUGAUACAGCGGUUUGAUGCCCUCUACUGGCCACUGUUCUGCACUGACCCUGGGUCAGAUCAGAGACCCAGGUCACUACUUAUUCAUGCACAUUUCUUUCCUCACUGACCAGCACUGUAUCAGUUGAUAGCGUUGCACAGAGUUGAACUGGAGCUGUUAUGGUGAAUGUCAGGAGCAACUCGACAUGCCAUAUUGAGCUGCACUAGAGUUAUGCUUUAAAGACUGGUUAGAAGUAUUUGUUAAAAGCUUUACUGCUGGUUAAAUAUCUGGAAAACUUACAUGAUGAAAGUAACAAUUACAUUUGCACUUAUACUGCUCAAAGGAAAAUACCACUCUUUGUGAAACACAGGUCCAUAUUACAUAGACAAAGUAGUGGCCGCCACUUCCUUCCAAUAUUUUCAGUGGCGAUUUUUGAUCAUGCAUCAUGCCAAAGGAUGAUGAGUAGAGAGAAUAUGUUUUGAACUCUCUUGUAUCUGAUUUUUAUCCUUCUAUUUAGUGUCUACAAAAUGUCAGAAAAUAGUGAAAAGUGCUAAAUAUAAUGUCGCAGAGCUCAAGAUGAUGUAUUAAAAAUUGCUUUUUACUACCGUUACAUAACAAAAUCCUACAGUGUUUGACAUUUGUCUUUAAAAAUUACAAAUAUCUAUUAUUCAAAUACUGCUGAUUCAUUUUUGUUGAUGUAUAAAUUGAUUAUUCAGGUAUUGGAAUUUUCGAGUCUCAACUGGGGUCAGAACUUAUAGGACAUUGAAGGACAUUUUAGCCUACUUUGCUUUGCACUUUAAACAAAUAUGGUUAAAUUGUGUUUUUUGUUAUUUUCCUUAGUAAAAACAUCAGACGCUUUAGAACUUCGAUGCUCAGAUCAAGUUGCUCUUAAAUCCUGUGCACUAUCUCAAAGAUGCAGAGUAGUAAUCUUGAAUAGACGAGCGGGACCUGUGUAUCAAAAACAGUCGUAUUUUAAUUUAGAAUAGUUUGUUUUUAAGGCACAUCAUGACUAUGUCGAUAUGAUAUAUAUCUCUGUAAGGAGAAUUAAACCACUGUGUCAUUGUGUAAUGGCUGGUUUUCAUUAUCACUGUGAUGCUGGAGAGAGGGAAACACAUUGAUGUCCCACUGAAGAUGUGUUAGAUGAAAAUCUCACAGAUUUACGGGGAGAAUAUGAAGUGAGAUCUGGAAAAUAUCAUUAUAUUUUCACCUUUAUGAAGGGUUUUGCUGAGCAAGCACGUGUCUCUUUAAAACCGCCCUGCUUUUUGUUCCUGCGGUUGAACAAAUUCAUGUUGAGGUAAAGCCCAGUGUAACUACAGCCUUCUGCUGUUGGCUCUGCUUUUUACAGUUAGAAGGUCAAGUGCCUUGCUCAAGGGCACCUCAGCAGUAGCUGUUGAAGAAUUUCAAAGUAUUUCUCUUUCUAAACCUUCCUGGUAAAAUGCCCUCUCCUCUCCAAACUUCUGACUACUACUUACCCCCAUCAUGACCUUUGGACAGUGGACAGCUGUUCUAUUUCUCCCUUUGCAUCACUUAUUUCCAUUUUUUAUCCGUAGAACCAUACAACAAUCAUUUGGUGCCUCUUAUUUUCUUUUUCAUCUGUGCAUGUCUUUGUGUUUCCCUCUGUACUACCCCCAGCUUUUUUCUUUGCCUCUACAGGAUUACAUAAAAGGGUGUAGCUGUGUUUGCUUCUGCUUCUGGACUUCUUGCACAUGACCAUCUUUGUAAAGAAAAAGAAAAUGGGUAAAACAAAUGCUUUUCAAUGCUUCAAUGGAACUAAUGCUGUAUAAUCUUGAGUUGCAUAAUUCAAUAGCAGUUAUGAUUAAGAUCACUAUUUUUGAAAGUGUUGACAUAGUAACUCACUUUCCUCUAAACAUGAAUAAAAUGUUCAACAUGGGUUAAUUU